CGCGCUCCGGGUUCUGGGCGGGUUCGGGUUCCUGCAGGCCGCGACUGGUGUUCUGCUCAUCCGCUGGUUGACGAAGCUUCGCACAAGAUGUCUAAGCAGCAACCAGCUCAGUUUAUAAAUCCUGAAACUCCUGGCUAUGUUGGAUUUGCAAACCUUCCCAAUCAAGUUCACCGAAAAUCAGUGAAGAAAGGUUUUGAGUUCACACUAAUGGUUGUUGGUGAGUCAGGCUUGGGAAAGUCCACGCUCAUCAACAGCCUGUUCCUGACUGACCUCUACCCAGAGAGGGUCAUCCCUGGAGCUGCUGAAAAAAUUGAGCGGACUGUCCAAAUCGAGGCCUCCACGGUAGAGAUCGAGGAGCGGGGGGUCAAGCUUCGGCUGACGGUGGUGGACACCCCCGGCUACGGCGAUGCCAUCAAUUGCCGAGACUGGUGCGUGUGCGUGUGGGUGGUGCACGUUUUUAGUGUAUGA